AAUACACAACAAACAUGGCGGCCACCGUGGAAGCACCGUCGGCGAAACCACACGUGGGUAAAAAGAAAAAGCCCCCAAAGCGCUACUGGGACAGUUCAACAGAAGAUAAUGGGCAGGAGAAAAAGAAGAGUUGUCAAGAUGAAGGAGGCGCAAAAAAGGAGGAAAACGAGGAGAUACGGGACAGUCAAAGUGCUGCUGAUCGGGAAGGAAAUAUUAAAUAUAUCUCCGGGAAACAAGAUCCAUUUCCAGGGGCAGCUCCUAUUCCUGAAGAGAGGUUGAAGAAGUUCAAGAGACUAGACAAGAGUAAAUCGACAUCAGGGCUUCGUAUGAAAUUAAAAGAAGCCAUAAACCGCUCUGAAGCUGAAUCGGAGCUUGCUCAGAAACAGGCAGCAAGACUUGACCUCUUGCUUCCAGAGGACACAGGCUUUCUUGAGGGAGACGAGGGGGAGGAUACCUGUACGAUAUCACAGGAUGAUAUUGCAGAUGCUGUGGACAUCACAUCUGGAGCUAAGUAUUUCAACCUGCACCUGUCACAGUUCGGCCCAUACAGACUUGACUACAGCAAAGUUGGGAGGCAUCUUCUACUGGGAGGGAAACGAGGACACGUGACCUGCAUACAAUGGCAAACCAAAAACCUGAUGGCAGAAAUAAAUGUCAUGGAAACUGUCAAUGACGUUAAAUGGCUACACAACGAGGACAUGUUUGCGGCUGCUCAGAAGAAGUGGCUGCACAUCUACGACUCCAAGGGUGUGGAACUGCACUGCGUUCGCAAGUUCAACGACGUCCUCCGCAUGGAGUUCCUCCCCUACCAUUUCCUACUGGCUACUGCUAGUGCCACAGGGUUCCUGCAGUACCUGGACGUGUCGGUGGGAAAGGAAGUGGCCGCCAUCAAUGCCAAGAUGGGUCGCCUGGGCGUCAUGGCCCACAAUCCCCACAACGCCAUCAUCCACCUGGGUCACCACAACGGCACCGUCAGCCUCUGGUCGCCCAAUCAGAAGGAGCCGCUGGUCAAGAUGCUGUGUCACCAAGGGGCGGUGCGCUCACUUGCUGUGGACAAGACCGGCACGUACAUGGUGACGUCGGGCUUGGACAAGAAGCUGAAGGUGUAUGACAUCAGAGCGUACCAGCCCCUGCAGUCCUACUUUCUGCCAGCAGGGGCCUCCUGUCUCACUCUCAGCCAGAAAGGCCUGCUGGCUGCUGCAACAGGAGACAUUGUGCAGGUGUACAGGGAUGUGUGGGGGACUCCUGUGACGAAGCCUUACAUGGCCCAUCGUGUGACAGGAGGAGUGUCAGGUCUGAGCUACUGUCCCCAUGAGGACGUGCUGGGUGUUGGACACGGCGGUGGAUUCACCAGUAUGCUUGUGCCAGGUGCGGGUGAGCCCAACUUUGAUGCCCUGGACGUGAACCCCAUGGCCGGCCGCAAGCAGAAGCGGGAGUGGGAGGUCAAGGCCCUGCUGGAGAAGGUCCAGCCUGACCUGAUCUGCCUGGACCCCUCGCAGCUGGGCAAGGUGGACCGCGCCUCCUGGCAACAGAGGCACGAGGAGCGCGUCAAGGCCCUGGGCUAUGACCCGCUGGCCCAUGAGAAGUUCACUCCUCGCAUGAAGAAGAAGGGACGCAGCUCCAGUGGCGCUGUGGAGAAGAGGAAGAAGAGGGUCGCUCACGAAGACCAGAGGGAUGAGAUUCGGAAGACGGUGGCGGAGAAUCUGCAGAAGCAGAAGCAGAAGGACAAGAAAAUGGCCGCCCAGAGUGCUACAGGUCAAAGGUCAGCGCUGGACAGGUUCAAAAAGUGAGAUGUGGUGGCGAUGCUGGAAACAGAGGAGUGGGCUCUGAAAACUUGGAAGGGAGAGAAUCAGAUCUAUCCAGGCAGAAACAUCCCGUCAAGAGUGACAAGGGUCCUGCCGCCCUACCUAGGGCUUCCCUUCCACCCAUAAACUGUUGAACUGAAAUGGACAGAGAUACACUGACGGCCAAAUACCACAUAGUGCAUAGGUGUGACGGUGUGUGUUAUUGGAUGAAGAAACACCUUGUCUGCUUUGUAAAUCUGCGUACAGUGAGAAAACGUUGAGAAACUAUGGGGCUAAUGUCCACCAUUUGUGGAUAAUAAAGUAUUUGUAUUCAUAACUAAA